UUAGUUUUUUGAAGUAUUGUUGAUUAGCUAUGGAAAAUAAACCAACGGUGCUUGUAUUGGGCGGGUGUGGAUUUAUCGGCCGUAACAUGGUGGCUUAUCUCGUUGAGAACGAUUUGACGGAUGAAAUACGUGUAGUGGACAAAACUCCACCGCAAAUGGCUUGGUUAAAUGAGCGUCAUACUCAGGCAUUUGAUAACAAAAAAGUGGAAUUUUGUAGUGCCAAUCUUAUAAACGCCGCCUCUUGUAAAAAUGUUUUCGCCCCACACCCAACCACAGGCAGGACGUGGGAUUUAGUAUUCAACUGUGCGGCUGAAACUCGUCCAAAUCAAACCGAAGCGGUCUAUAAGGAAGGGAUACUGAAAUUAAGUAUGAAUUGCGCCAAUGAAGCAGCCAACGUUAAAGUGAAACGAUUUGUCGAAUUAAGUUCCGGUUGCGUUAACAGUUCGGAAAAGGUUGCACAAAGAGAAGACUGCAAACAUGAACCAUGGACUUGUGUAGCUAAGCAAAAGUUGACGGUUGAGCGUGAGCUCGAUACGCUGAGUGAAGUUCUGCCAUACACUGUUGUACGACUGCCAGUCGUCUACGGGUUAGGCGAUAAACGCUACUUAAUGCCUCGCAUUAUUGUAGCUGCAAUAUACAAGUAUUUGAAUGAAUGUAUGAAGUUACUGUGGAACAAUUCCAUGCAUCUUAAUACGGUACAUGCAGAUGACGUUUGCGCAGCAAUGUGGUUUUUGGCAAAUAAUCUAGCUGCAGUAGGUGAAGUAAUUAAUAUCGUCGAUGAUACUGAUUCCACACAAGGAACUAUAAGUGAUAUUUUAUCAGACAUAUUCUCAAUAAACGUUGACUACUUUGGCGUAGUCAUGUCGAAUUUAGCAAAGUUAAGUCUAUCAGACACGGUUAGUGAUGUCAACGACAAACAUAUGACGCCGUGGGCCGAAAUUUGUCAAAAGAAUGAAAUCAAUAAUACACCUCUAACGCCAUAUUUGGACGAAGAGCAAUUGUAUCAUAAACAUUUGUAUUUGGAUAAUACAAAAUUAAAGACUUUAGGCUAUGUGCUCAAAGAACCAAAAUUAACGCGUGAUUAUGUAACUGAGAUUAUCGAAGACUAUAUAAAGCAAAAGUUAUUUCCAAAGUCCCUAAUGAUCUAAACUUAAGCCCUGCAAACUUUAGUACUUAAGGACGUUUAUAAGACAUGACUCAACUCAAUUAAAAUGCAAGUAUGUGAAAACAAAAAUUGUAUAUAAACUGAUAUUAAUGUAAAAUAAUUCAAUAUUUUGAUUGUAUUUGCUAAGAACAAAAUACUAAUUUUUUGUACAAUUAUUGUACCAUGCUGAUAUUUUCUAAAGUGUACUUAUAGUAUUACCGCAUAGUGUGUUAUUGUAUUUUGGUAUUCCAAAACAAAUUUUAAUGGUUUUACUUAUGUAUGUAUGUACUCGUAUUUACUAAAAUUAUUGGUGAUGUAUUAUAACAUUUUUAAUAUACACGAUGAAUGUAUUUUGUACAAUGCAAUUACAUAGUUUGUCAUAUAAAUGUGCCAAAAUAAC